GUCAUUGCUUUAGCUGAGAAAUUGUUGUUUACGCUGAAUCGAAGGCAACCAUCUAAAGUUUGGGAUUUCCCUGUUUGAAAUUGAAAUCGAGGCUGAAAACGUGGCUAUUGGAGUUCCGUUCAGUCGCGAAACGUAAACACAACAUGAUGAUGGAGGAAUCAUCUGACGAGUCUGCAGAGCUGGUAGACAAGGAAGAGGCUGUCACUGCUGAGAAACAGUUCACAGCCCAGCAGACGGGCUCAGGCACAAAUGGAGAACUUGCACCCCCAGCACCACUGCCAAGUUUUAUAACAUCACCCGUGAACUUGCCUUCUAUGAAAGCUGGGUCGCCACCCCCUACGACCCCUACCAAUGUCCCACAGUCUGUAAAUGUAACCAUGGCAUCCACUGGUGCAGGUCCCACCCACAGCCCUGGGAGUCCAGGGCCUGUUGGUGGACAAGCAACAUCUUCCAGCCAGGGCCUGCAGUCUUCAGCAAGUUUUCAGCAGGUUACAGCUCCAGGUCCUCAGCAGAGUCCAUUUGAGGCCAGUAGUGCCAUCAAUGUUAUAACCGAGCCUGACACUGAUAUCUCAGUCCUGAAACCCAAUGCUGAGCGAGGGUUGUUCAGUUGGCUUUCGGGCAACAGGAUGAUCUCCAAGGUGAUGGAAAAAACAAAGUCUUCAGUGGAAUCCAUGAUCACAACACUGGAUCCAGGCAUGACAGAAGUUAUAAAGUCUGGGGGAGACGUGUGUAUCGUGGUGACCUCAACAGCUGAGACCAAGGUGGGAGCGGUACGGGAGGCCUUCCAGACAGUCUUUGGCAAGGCCACUGUGUACGGAAAGGCAAGCACCGCAACGACUGCAGCACAGCCGGUGGGUUUCACUUCCGGCGUUAAAGGGGCCCAGGAACGGAUACAGAACCUUCGCCAGUCCGCCAGCAUACCUGACAACCAGCCAAUUGUGUCCCUGGAGGGAUUCAUUGUGGAAAUGCUUCCUGACAGAUGGUACGAGUUAAGCUGUCUAAUUCUUCAAGACCCCGUGCACAGAAUUGAUCUACAGACAUUUUCCCAGCCCGCCCCAAUACCAGCUGAAUACAUACUGAAAAUCCAGGACCAGACAGAUAAAGACUACCCGCUGCGCUGGUCUGGUUUUAGCGUGACAGUAGGUCAGGUGAUAGAGGAGGCGUGUCCACACAUAGGUCACACUGACUGGCAGCUAGGGGUCACCGGUGUCAGCAGGCGGGAAUCUCUGUGCUUGGCAGCGAAAGCCCUAGCGUACAUGUACAAGCAGAGACUUCCCACGUCAUUUGAGUCUUGAAGUGUACUUGUUGAU